AUGGACAUCGAGUCCGGUGGAGCGUCAUUACUGGCUGUAAAUCGCCUCAAGUCAUAUGAAAGGGACGGACAGCUACUUUUGAGGUCGGUUUUUUUCAAUUUCACAUCGUGAUAUAUAAUAAUUUUUUCUGUUUAUUUUUCAAGUGAUCAGCUGGAAUAUAAUUUUACUUUCUUGAAAGAAAAACUGGGAAUUUCAAGCUAAGAGGAAGCAAAACUCUUAAGGGACUACUUGGCAUUUUUUCUCUUAAGGGACUACUUGGCAUUUUUUCCUGUUCUUUGAAUUUCUGACAGUCGCAGUAUAUGACCACUAAAAUGUCUUUUUUUGGAAUACCUUUAAUGGCCACUUUAGGGUUUUUUUGGAGUUUACUCAAAGCUUGAAUGUUCCGAGUUGAAAAAUUUGCUAUAAUCUCUACUUUUUCCAAUUUUUGGCCUUGGACAAGCCAAAGGGGUUUUUGAGUGGCUAAUUAAGAGAUUUUUUUGAAGUUUUAAUUAAUAAUUUAAAAAAACACUUUCCGAAACUGCAUUCGCAAUUUUUUUUUUGAAUCGAAAUGUUGAUUUUCAUAACUACGACUUUUUUUUUAUCAUUCAUUCAUUUUUUCUAUGGUUUUUUUUCAAUUUUAUCGAAAUUAAUUAAAACUGUGAACUCUAUUUUUGUUUCCUUUCGUAACUCUUUCUCAAUUCAUUUUCAAAUGACUCCUAACUCGAUCCGCACUUUGAAAGGCCACGACUUGCUCUCAUUUUUCCCAGCCAUGCAUUUUCAUCUCGCACUUUUGGCGCCCCCAUCGGCUUAUUGUUUUUUUUUCUCGGCCUUUCUCUCACUCGAAGUUUGGUGGUUGGGGCCAAAACCACUUCAUUUCCUCGAUAAUGACCUCUUUCGAGGGGUUCUCGUUGGGAAAUUAUGCAAGAGGCUCGUAGUUGAUGGAUGAACUUGUACUUUUUGUAGAAUUUUGAGAGUGAUUAUCACUUUUUGAAAAAGAAACAUAAAUUCCAAAACCGCUUCGAAAAAGUUUACAAAAAAACCGAAAAAAAUCAGGUUAGUAGAAUUUAAAAAAACUCGAAAUUCAAAUUUUACAACUAUUUUUUUCGAUUUUUUUCCUUCUCUUGGCGCUCAAAUGGAGCAGAAUCAGAAAAAUUCAAACUUCAAGUUUUUUUAAUUUUUUUAAAGUCCUGAUUUUUUUCGCUUUUUUUGGUCAGAAACUUUUUUUGAAUGAAGUUUAGAAAAAUUUUCAAAUCACCUGAUCAAAAACUCACUCAACUUUACUAUACUAAUAGUUUUUGACAACAAGCUUACUGAUGGUGAGAUUUGCAAAAUAAAAAAUAAAAACACGUGUCAAAAACAUGACAUCAAUCAUUGGACAAUCGUGUUGUAAUCCCUCCAAAAAUUGUGACAUUUGAGAAGAAGAAAGAGAGAAAAAGUUGGUUGACUUGCUCCGAAUCCAAUUGAAUCAGUAGUUAUGGCGAAAUCUGAAAACGAAGAAGAAGGAGACGUGUGACUUGCUAACGAGCUUUGGAUGUAUCUAUCCUCAAAUAACUCGAUUCCUUUGACCUGGUAUGACCGUGGGGACAUAUAGAAAAGUUUUAGUAAUACUUUUUCAAAAGUUCAAAUUUUUUUAUUUUGUACAAAAAAACUUUAGAAAAAAAGGGAAAAAAAUCAUUAUUUUUUUGCUCCUCAAAAGAUUUGGACACAGAAAAAAACGUUUUUUUAAACAAAAAAAUUUGAUUCACUUAAAAAUCAAUCAGUUUUUUUUCUCAAUUCCUCAGCCAAUUACGACAAGUUUCGUAACAAUUUUUAUUAUUUUUCAUCCGUCUAGCUUGGCCCUAACAAUUUCAAUUGAAGAGAAAAAUGGCAAAAAAACUUUUAUGGCUCAAGGGAUUGAACCAGCGAUCCUCAUUUUAUGACCAAGUCACUUAGCCGCUGCGCCAAACUUACAGAAAGAGCUUGUGUUGAUUGGUAUUCAAUGGAAUGAUUGAUUUCGGCUUUUUUUUCGAUAUUCAAGGAGUAAAAUUCAUUUUUUCCACUGUAUUCAACUCAGAAUUGCGUUUACAAAACAAAAAAGCGUUCUUUUUGUCUGAAUUUGAUUAAAACUAGACUGAAAAGGCAUCCAAGCCCGACCUAACAAUAUAUCCGAGUGGCCCUCCUAAUGAGUCUCUGUUCGGACGUGUCUAUGAACUUCCCCAGGGACCCGAGGCCCAACAAAUGCAACCAAAUUAGGCCUCCUAUGGCUUUCAAUGAAACCCAGGGUCAUUGGUUGGAUGUUUGGCUCCGGGUUUGCAGGGCCCGAAAUUCGUAUAUCUUUGAUUCAUCGCUGGUUUUGAACGAAAAAAAGUCGGAAUAUUAUUGAGACGAAGAAAACUGUACAGUGUUUUCAAUAAUCUCCUCAAAAGAAAAAAAGGGAAAUUUUUCCAAGAUUCAAUUGAAUGAUAGAUCUAAAUGCGAUUCCAUUAAUUCCAUAGAUUUUUCCGUCCAGUUUUUUAAGACUCAUUUUUGUUUGAGCAUAGCAAACUCCUUAAAGAAUGAAAGUUAAAUAUGGACAGGUUUUUUUCACAGGUACUUUCUCCAACUUUUUAAAGGCAUGCUGGAAAAGUCGGUCACUUUUUAUGGUGCUUUUUUUCAAUUUUUUUCAAAAAUUUUAAAAAGUUUUUUUGAGCUUUAUAAAGGUGUAACGACUUCAAAGUAGCCGUUUCUUCAUUAUAUGACCGUUUUGAAGUCAGUUUUUUUCAAAAAAAUUCAGGACAAAAAUAUAUCAUUUGUUCUGAAGUUUUCCAUUUCCGCCAAAAAAAUGCUCUCAAAUCAUUUAACAUAUUUUGAUUUCAGGUCAAAUUUUAAAAAAAUUUGACAUUUUAAGCCGCCAAUAUUUUGUUUUUCAAAACCUAAAACCUAACCACAAUCGAGAUUCUCACACAUUUUAAACACUGGAACGAUUCAGAACUGAAAAAACUUUUUGAAAAAGAGUUUUCAAAAAAUGACAUCUUUUAAAAAGUGGCCGAACCGACCGAAUUUUCCAGAAUGCCAUUUUUGAAAUACUUUCUAUUUUCCAAGCUCUGAAACCGCUCUAACACAGACAAAAAAUAGAAAAAAGUUCGCGUUACCUGCCUCCAAGCGCGAAAAAAUUACCUCCGGUCUUGGACGACUGUUGAUGGACAGCUCCUUCCGUCGUGAAAUGACCCGUUAUUUCCGUUUUCUCUGACUUUUUGGAGCAAUUUCUCUCAGUGCAUAUUCCUUUGAAGAUCCCAAUGUUGUUGAAGAACAAUUACGAGCCAAGUGGUUUCUUGGCUCCGCCGCGUAUUACUGCACACGAUUUAUGGCCGUCCCUUAGCGUCAACCCAACUGUCGUCGGCAUUUUCCGACGUUCCCUUCUUCCUUUUCCAUUCACCUUAACUUUCUCUGAGUUUGUUGAGACUCAAGGUUGAAUCCAUGCUUAAAAUAUCAGAAAAUUGCUGAUAUCGGACCUCUUUCUAAUGUUUAUUCACAUAAAUCUUCAAACAGGACUUCCGUAGAUCAUUUUAUGGCCUUUUUGUUUUUCCAUUCACCUUAAUUUUCUUUGCGUUGUUUAGCCUUAAGGUUAGGUUUCAAAUUAUCAGAAAAUGUUGAUAACGGACCUAUUUCUAGUACUUAUCCACAGGAAAGUGGGUUCAGGACUCCAGUAGAUUUUUAACUUAUCAAGUUUGUUUAUGACUGACGAAAUCCAAAGAAUUUUGCUUCCGAAGUGUGAAAAGAAGGAUAAGUGUGCUCUGAAAUACAUACUGAGGUUUUUGAGUCAUGAAAAAGGUCUUGAGGCGAAGAUCGGUUUACGGUACUAUUUGAAGUAAAUCAAAGCUUAUGCGGGAGUAUCAUCACUUUACCCAAGAUUUGAAGCAGGCUUACACCGAAAUUAAUGUUUUUCGGGGAAAAAAAAAACACGAGUUGUAACAAUAUUCCAACUAAGCCGUUAAAAAACUGUUUAUUGCAUCUUCAAUGUAAGAGUACAUGUGCAAUCGACUUUCAUUGAGUUAACUGUGUUUAAACGGCGGCAGGAGCUGUGGCUUAGGCAGAGAAGUUGUGAAUUUCGCUCGAAGAACAUCAGGUACAAGAGAGGUCGUAGGAAGAAGUACGGUGCCUGCUUUUCAAAGGCCGAUGGCAGAGAUUGAGCCUUUUCACUGCAUGCAGCUCCCAAUUCAUCUACCCCGGAGGGAUGAAAGGCUUGGUCGACUAGAUGAACCGUAUUCGAAUAGUUCAAAUUUUCUUAAACUAAAACUUUUGAUUUUACGGAUAACUUCAUGACUUACGUGGAGAACUGAAUUUAUUAGACAGGUCAAGCUCUCCGGAAUUGAGGUAUUUUUAAGAUUUUCUGUGAAUUUGGGUGUUAUAAAAAGUGUUUUUCCCGUUGUUGGUUAAGUUUCAUUCGACAAAAUUUUAAAUAUAGCCCCAAGUUGUCUUGAAAAUCCUCUGAAUCAGUUAAAAACAGAUCAAUAUUCUAGAAAUUCGUGAUUUCAAGUAAAAAAUCAUUUUAAAACCAAUUUUGCAGUCCCUUUUCGGAAAAAAAAUCUCAUAUUUUAAGGAUUCUUUCUAGGAAUUCAAUAAUUUUUUAGAAGUAUGACGAAUUUUUCUUUUUUUAGUUUUAAAGGUGCCUCUAAAAUAGGAAGUGUAGUUUAAUGCUUGGACGGCCGUUGAUCGGCCAGAUUUUGCGCUCUGCCGCACCGCCACCGGAAGCCGCCGGUCCGCCCCUGCCGCCACUGGCCUUUCCAGACCUCCUCCUGUCCUUUUUUAUAUUAUUAUAUACCCGUAAAAGAUUUUUCUCGUAUUUUUAAAGAUUCAUAACGCAUUAUUUUGCAAUAUUUUUGUGAAACUAAUUCGAUGACAUACGUCAAAAAUCAAAAUCGUAUUACCACUCAAAUUUAAUACCCUCUGCUAGAAACAGAAAGUAUAACGAUUAGCUCAAGUUUGAUAUUUAUCAUCUGUCAAUAGAAUGGAAUCAAAUUGAAAGUUUCGUUCAAAUCGAUGGAUUUGGCAAAGAAUAAUCUCAAUUUUCUAUAACCGAUGUCAAAAGAAAGCUGGAAUCUUUUUCAAUUCGUAAAGCACUAGCCUUACCUGGUUAGAGCAUAAAAAACUCAUUUCUAUGAAUUUUGCAGCUUCUCUUCACAAUGAUGGGAUAGCACAGCUUCCAGUUCGAAAAAAAAUAGAAGUUUCUUUUUCUUCUUCUAUUUUGAUGAACUUCAUUUGUUUUUUAAACAUAAUAUAUCUUCUUUAUAUAAGCAACUGAAGAACUGCCAACCGUCCAAACAUAUUUGACAGCAUAAAUCCUUCAUUAUCAACUUUUUUGAAAUUUUUCUAUUUUAAACUUCAAUAUGCAAUGUUUGCAACAAAUUUAGGAAAAAAAAAUCCCUAUUUUACCCAAUUGAAAUUACUAUGCGCGCGCAAUUGAAAUAGCAAAAAAAAACGAAGUACUCAGCAAGAAAAAAGUGACCCCGCAAGUGGGCGGACCUUGGCGGUCCCCAAGCAAAAAAGAUAAAAAUUUGUUUUCAUCUUUCUCAAUGGAUCUGUGAGCGUUUACGGUACCCUUUCAACCUCCUUCUUACACGAUACCAACUGAUAGCUUUUUCUCUCGAUUCCUCUUAAUACUAACUAUCUCACAAGUUUGAAGUAGAUUUGCAGUUCUCACCUUGGAACUCCUUUGUGAGGUCAACUUAUCGCCCCAAACCGAGCUCAUAUAAAAAUAGUCUUCGUUUCCUUUGAUCGAGGUCCAUUUUCCAAUCUGAAACAGAUUUUGAAUCUUUUUCGUCAUUGAAACACUACAUAAAAAAGUUCCGUUUUUAUGAAAACCGAGGUCAGUUUUUUGCACCAAACUGAGCUGAUGCAAAAAUGGUCCCCAUUUGCUCAAUCGAGUCAACCUUUCAACCUAAAACAGAGCUAGAAGACUAUUUUAGGAAGCACUACACCCACAGCGUUGAAAAUCUCGGAUUUGAGAGACUCCGAGGUCAAAUUUUUGCUUGAACCGAGCUGGUGUGAAAAUAGUCUUCAUUUUUUAUGCUCGAGGUCAAAUUUUCGACCUAAAACAGAGCUGGAGCAUUUUUUCAUUCAUGAAGCUCUACACGAAAAAUCUCAGCUUUAUAAAGACUAACCAGGUAAGAUCAACUUACCGGCGCAAACCGAGCUGAUAUAAAUGUAGUCUUUGUUUCCUUUGAUCAAGGUCCAUUUUUCAAUCUAAAACAGGGCCGGAAUCUUUUUCGUCAUUGAAACACUACAUAAAAAAAGUUCCGUUUUUAUGAAAACCGAGGUCAGUUUUUUGCACCAAACUGAGCUGAUGCAAAAAUGGUCCCCAUUUGCUCAAUCGAGUCAAACUUUCAACCUAAAACAGAUCUGGAAGACUAUUUUAGGAAGCACUACACGCAGAGCGUUGAAAAUCUCAGAUUUGAGAGACGCCGAUGUCAAAUUUUUGCUCUGAACCGAGCUGGUGUGAAAAUAGUCUUCAUUUUCUUUGCUCGAGGUCAAUUUUUUAACCUAAAAGAGAGCUGGAGCAUUUUCUCAUUUAUGAAGCACUACAUGAAAAACAUCAGUGUUUAUGAGGACUGAAGUCAAUUUUUUGCCUCGACUUGAUCUGGUGAAGGAACAAUCCUCAUUUUCUAUAACCGAGGUCAAAAUUCCAACCAGGAACAGAGCUGGAGCUUUUUUCCUCCUUGGAGCACUACAUAACAACCUCAGUUUUUAUGAAAACCGAGGUCAAUUUUCCGCCCCGAACCGAGCUGGAAGACUUUAUUGUUAUUGGGCCGGCGAUUCGGCUUCGUUUUCUCGAGGAGGACAAAUGUUCGAAUGUUUACGUGGUUCCGCUGCUCUACACGACAUGCGUAGGACUCUCCAUAAUUGUCCAUCCGCACGCAAUUUCUCAUUGUCUUCCCGUGUCGUUUUUUUUUCCUCCUUUUUUUUGCUUUUGGCCCUCCUUCGUUUAUUACUUCUUUCCGUUCCGACGUCUUGGUCUUUACUUUUGCCCCCAUCCAUCAAGAGGAAUUUUUUCUUUCCUGGUAGAAAAAUAGGCUUAGAGCUUUUUUUUGCCUUUUUUCCGGCUGCCAUUCUUGGAUUUUUUUUUUACAGCUUUUGAAAAAUCUUCAAACUUUUUUAAUGUACAGAGAACAGCGAGAAGGCCGCCUGAAGGUGACAACUUAUUCAAACUUUGAACGAUAUUGGAGUUUUUUUUUUCAAGCCUUUUUUCGGAUGGGUUGUUUCUCGACAAAUAUCAUAAGAACUGGAAAAUUGCCAAAAAGGUUCUCAAUGAGUCUAUCGAAUAAUUUGGAGGGUAAAUCUAUUUUUUUGAAAUAAUAAAAUUUUUGACUUUUGUGCUUUUUACGAAUUUGAACCAUCUGGUCGCACUCAGAAAGGUACAAAAAAUUUGAAAUUUUUUAUUUACAAGUUGCGGCGAGCGUAAGUCGUUUCACGGUCGGACGCAAAUUCUUAACGACCAGAUACUGACUGAAACAAUAAUAAUAACGCCUUGAAACUUUCCCAAAAAGUGUGUAAUUUCUGUUUUUGUCCAGCAUUUUCGCUUUGUUCCAAGGCAUUUGAACUGGCCUUCAAGAUAUCGAUCCAUUCAUACUUUUGCGUUUUUUCUACGGCUGAUAUUACCUUGGCAGAGCUGAAUAAUUUAUGUUAAUGAGGCCACGUUUGGCGGCAUCUCGAGGAAAAAAUGGAGGAAAAAGGUCCCAAAGGCUCUGGGACCAAACCGGCGGAUAUAAAUGAGUAUUCGGCUUCCCCUGGGGCGGUCGACCGAGGAACGAACACUUUUCCGCUUCCCCUAACACGUUUCCUUUCCGUUUUUUUUUCACUUUAACUUUGGUUUUCAAUUAUUUUUGUAUUGUAGUUGAGAAUCUAGCUUAUGGAGAAUGAUACUUUCCAUGGUAUAAAGCUUCGUCGGAAAGGUUUUUGAAAAAAUUGGGCCCUUUUUUUUGGUUUUUUUGUUCGCUUUGAGCCAUCCCGCAUCAGAAAAGAUGGGACAAAAAAUUUUUUCAGGAUUUUCGAGCAUUUCAACUUGAAAUCUUGAAUGAAAAUUGUACUUUUUCACUAAUUCUCAUAUCUCUAAUCGUUUCAAGGACAUUUUCUUCCGAAUAUCCAAACUUGGCACUUCUAGAGUGGUCUCUAAAGGGAUUAGUUUUUAGAGGAAAAAACAGUCCCUGUAAAGGACGAAAAAGUGUUCCAUAGGUCUUUUAGUUUUCUGUUCUAGCUAAUUGCUCCAGUCAGCCGUGAAACAAAAAAAAAGUGUCUAGAGCUAAAUAUAGAACGAGAGGGACACUUGAAACUUGGCCGGACGCCAACCAAAAUAACGAACCAAAAAAAAACGACGAAAAACUCCAUUUUUUCUAUGCCUGACUCCUCCGUUUUCCGCUUUAUUUAUCACCCGUCGUCUCACGUUUCCUCCCAAAAAUGUGUGCAUUUUCUAGUGGUAAUGCUUGGUCUCUCUCUGGCAAUGUGUCCAGUUCUGGACUCUACUAUGAUGGUUUAUACUUCUUUUCUUUUUUUUUCAAGUUUUUUCCCGGUUUUUAAGAAGAUCUUUGACGGUUAGUAAAGCUAUUUCAAGCAGAAACGGUUUUAAAUAGGAGUUGAUUUUUUUUUGAGAAUCUGCUAGAAAUUCGCCAUUUUCUAUUUUUUCGAGUAAACCUCCAAGCAGGUGUACCCGUAUUGAACCCGUUUAAGUGUAGCGGGUAGAACUUUUGGCUUUUUUACCGAGCUGAGGCACCUUUUUAACUUUCAAAUGCCAAUAAUACUUUUCUGAAUUUCAUUUCUGCACUUUAUUUUGGUGAUUUUUCGUUAGCCAACCUCUCUCUCUCUAGAUUAAAUGAGUUCUGUACUUCCACACGGAUAAUUCUGAUUUUUUCAGACGACCUCUGGUGAUGGACGGCGCGGGGAGCAGCGCCAGCACGGCGGUCACCGAGUUCAGCGAGCAGAUGCCGAACUGCUCCACCGGGACGCCGGUCCUCGUGAGCAACGGCGCCGGCUCCACUCCCCGUCCUUCUGGCCUCAUCGGCGGCUCCAGGAACACCUCGGCCUUCCAUGUCGCCAAUGAGAUGAAUGGGUUCGCAUUUUUUUUUUUUCUAUGCUUCAUAAAGCGAUAUUGAACUUUUGAAAAUUAGUCCCUAUUAUGUUAGCCAAAAAAGCUUGAAAAAUAUUUUUCUAGAGUCACGUCACGAAAUUGUAACACUUUUUGAUCACAACUGCGUUGUAUGGAGCUUAAUUUUCCUGAAAGUUUUUGAAGUUGUGAUAAACUUGAGUUUUUUUUGAGCCCACAAAAUUCAAGUCCAGUUUUACGGCUCCGGAGAUUUUCAAGCCGAGUAAGCUUCAAAUUGGUUUCAUGUACUUUUUUUCGCGCAACUGUACAUAUUCUCCUGGAAGGAAGGUUAUUUCACUUUAAGGAUUUUUGGAAAAUUGGCCCAGAAUACUCGUUGAACACCUGAAUGAUGAUCCUAAAGUCUAAAACUGCACAAAUACCCUAUUUUGGAUUAAAAAACCUCAAAGUCAUUGUGAGGCUCCUUGUUCCUUUGAAAAUUAGGUUCUAAUAUGUGAUAUGGAAAAAAGGCUUGAAAAAUAUAUCCAUCCUUCCUCGAAAUAGCUAGGCUUGAUUUGCGUCGAUUUGAAACUGUAUAUUUUCUCUGUACCCUCUUUUCUCUCCGUGAUUUUUUUUUUCAAACGAUAAUGACGUCACCCGAUAGCUGACACAGACACGUCAGACUGUUUAUAGUCGCGAAGAAUAAGUUAUUCAUGUGUUUUAAAGUUUCUUUUGAAAUUAUUGACAUGAAAAAUUACUGGCUGUACAUGGAGUUGCUCAAAGCGUCGCGGUCGCGUUGCGGUUCCAAUCUAAUUUGUCAAGUUUUAUUUCUUCUGUAGUUUUUUCACUAGGGAAUGUUCUUAGCUCAGACCAGGUUCACUAAAGGAAGUUUUUUAUGCUGAUUACAAAUCUAGUAUCGAAGUACGCCCCCGAGGCCUGUGGAAAAAGUUAUCGAGCCUAGAAAGCCUUGAAUUUUGGAAAGUAUUCAGCCUUUGUUCCUCUGAUAACAAAAACCAUUCAACUUGAAAAAAAAAUUGAAGCCCAGCUAUGAUUUUUCAAGAAAAAAUACGUAAGUAGAAUAUCAUGAGCAUCUGAAUAUUCAUUUCUUGGCCCAGUUACUCUCCUAUUUGCUCAUUUUUCGUUCAAAUUCUUCCAUUUUGCCGGCGGUUCAAUUUGAAAUGCAUCGUGUAGGAUUACGGGUAUAUUUCAUCCCAUUUUCCCAUCAUUUCGCUGCCCCCAAGGGUUUUCAUUUUCUUCUUCUUCUUCUUCCUUUCGAGAUCCUGCCGCUAAUUUAUUUCACCACCUCUUUCUUUUUCUUCGCCCUCUUUUGCGACUACCAAGGCAUGUACUUUUCAUAGAAAAGUAGUUAUUCUGAAGUCUGUAUAUUUUUUCUUGUAAUAGGAUUCGGUUCAAUAUUUGUCUGUAAAUGUUAAUUUUUGUUGCUUGACUCAUAUCAAAUUAUUCCUCGAUAAGAAACUGCUUAAGGAACGGAAAAUUAAUUGAUUUUCCAUUUUGAUGUAACGUUGAAGAGCAGAUACAAAAAAGUGGACGGUUUCUAUUUGGGAAAAACUUUCUGAGAAAUAUAUCAAGGCAAAAGAAAAUAAUGCUUUUCUUGAAAAACCGAACCAUUCACUCCUUAAUCGAAUUCCCGGACUCUGAAAUAUUUCGCUAUUAUAUCAAAUUUUAAAGGAUUCCUGGGAUUAACCAACUUUCAAAAAAAAAAACAACAAAUAAUAUAUCUUUAUUAGGUCCUGCAAAAACUUUAACAAUUUUCCUUCGAUGUCACUGGACCUUUCCCAAGUUUCGGGAAUCAUGUCCUGGCCUCGGAAACAAAGCCUUCCACUUCUUUUUCGGCUGCUCGACAUCCACGAUAAUUGCCCCCCGGGCGGCAUCGAAUGUUGCUUGGUUCCGUUUGCCCAGCCAGAUUUCUUUGUUCUCUCCCCUUUCGAAACGGAAUUCUUAUUAUUCUCGUAAUAACAUCUUGAACAUUUUUUUCUGAAAUUGAAAAAAAUACAACCGAAUUUAAAAAAAUUUUUGAAAUAAGAUAAAGAUUGUAAAAAUCAUUUAAACGCCCGGUCUUCAAAAAGUCUUUCUGUCAAGCUUUUUCUUUGACAUUUAGAAGCCCCUUUAGAAACUUUUAUAAAUCUCCUAAGUUCAGAGAAAAAUUAAUUUAAAGGCGAAACGAAAAAAAAUUCGAUCGAAAAGUUCUUUUUGCGGCAAGGCUUCUCUAUUGACAAAGUUCAAUGAACUUUUUUCUAAAUUUUUUCAUUCAUUCAGGUUUUUGUGUUGUUUUAUAUAAUGUUUCGUUCAUUCAGUCACAUCGGAUUAUUGUUCCGACGAAACGCAAAUUCUAGAAAAAAAUUUUUUUUUAGAUUAUAUCUCAGGAUAACUGAGAGAAAAAUUACGAGAUUUUCUUAAAAAUUCUAAAAAAAUACCUAAUUAUGAACUUUUCCAAAAAAAGCUUAUAAAGAAAGGAAAUUUUUUUUUUUUACAAAAUUGGGACUUUUUCCCUUUUAUUUUGGUGAUUUUAUCAUGGGAAUCGAUAACGCUUGAAGCGAAAAUUCGCUCAAAAACUUCAUUUUCCAAAAGCUUUUUUUGCAGCUGAAUUUCAUUCAUUCUCCCUUUGUUUAUCAGAGAAACUCAGCUGUUUUCCGAUGGAACGUCAGAAAAAGCUCAAAAGAGUGUAGUUAAAUGAGCAUUACACAGAGUUUGACGGGCUGAAACCGACAAAUUGUAGUCGGCCCGUCAUAAUCUCGUCAACUUUUCGUCAAUGUGUAAAGGUGCUCUCAGGUUCCUCUACCUUUGCACUUAAGUAUCGGUCUUUUUCUUCUUUUUUCGAACUUUAUGUGAUCUUUUUGAAGUUUUUUAUUCAAUAAGUUCUGAUCCUUCAACUUCAAGUUUUACCAAAAAACAGUUUCUGAAAAAAAGUGUUAUUUAGAAAAAGCUUCGCCGCAUGAAAAUUUUUUUCGACAAAAAGGUUAAAAAGUCAUAUAAUUAAUUCCAGAAACGAGUACCCGACAAAUUCGCGCUACGGCUAUUCAAUGAACAUCGACGAAGAGGCAGGAGAACAUGUCACCGUCAUACAGGUAACUUUAUAAAAAAGGCUUAUUUUGAAUGGAAUUUGUGCUCUGCUGAUAAAUUUUCUGAAAUACUUUUCUGUGCACUUCUGUCGGACUUUGGUGACGCGAAACAGACGUUUUCGAGCAUUUCUAGGGACCACUUUAGUGGCGUCAGCUCUCUUAAGGGGUCACUCGAGUGAUCAUCCGAGCUCACCAUAAUUUCUGAUUGAAAUCGAACUCUAAUAUGUUUGGUGACAAAUAAAAAAGAAUAUCGAAGUUUAUUUUGCAUAAAAUCCAUUCUCGGUUUCUGGACGUUGACUGUAAAAGAUCAUGAAAGUUUUCUGGAAAAAUCUUAGUUUUUGUAGCCUGGCGGCUCGCGGGACAACGACGAAACGGACAUCGAAGAGGAACUGAGCCAUCCCUACACGUGUAAGCAGUUGAUCGUGCCGAGCAAGAGCCAGGUCCUUUUCUACGUCUCGACUUCCACCCGGCUGCGGCUCAAUCACACCGGGACCGAGCUCCAGGCGAGUUUUCAUGAUCUUCUUCAGGCAGAACAAAAUAAAAUGUACAAAAAAAGGUUUGGAAAAAGAGAAAAAAAAUUUGUCAGUUUAGCCUGAAAUAAAUAAAUGAGAGGCACUUGAUAGGGUUAUUUUUCUUGACUUCCUAACAUUAAAGUAAUGAGGAUGUUAUUCAAAAUUAUUCGUCUCAUGUUUUAUUCACGAGGAACUUGGUCAAGUAUUUAUUUCACUCGAACUGGAUAUAUUUGGGUAUUUACUAGAGACGUGUGUAUUUUUUUUCACACGACGAUGAUAUUACUUUAUUUCAAAGUCAACAACUGCAACGGACAGAUGAAAUUAGCGAAUUUGGCUAGGGAAAACAAUUUAGUAAGGAGUUUUGAACGGUUUGAGGAUCUAUUUACCCUUAAGUGAACACUCUAGGAGAAAAUAUUUGCGGAAGGUCUUACGGAUCAAUUUGAUUUAAAUUUGUCUCUUGAAUUGAAAAAAAGAAACUUUCUUUUUUUGGAAAGCCACACAAUUGCAGAAAACUUCGAAAGUUUAGGGAUUUUUAUAAACCCUUAAAUGUACAAUCUAGGCGCAAAAAGGUCUCAUGAAUCAAUUCGAUAAGUUUUUGAAAAGAAAAAAGAAUGAUUUCAGGUAACAGAUCCGUCAGACUUUCCACUCCUUGACAUUUGGUCGGAGAAUGUCUGCGAUGAGACGCCCGUGUGGAUUAUCGAGUCCUACGGUAACUAUAAAUGAACUUUGAGCUUCUACAGUAUCCAUUUUCAGGUCGAAGAGUCGCCGUGGUUUCGGACAUGACGCCGAGAAGCCUUCUCAGUGUCUUCCUGCCCUUCAUGAGGCCUAGAAGGACACUUCAUUCCGGAUUCUCAGUUAUCGAUUGGAAUGGUGACGUCAUUGGGUAUUACUGUUUAGGUAGAGAUUUUUCGAAUUACUGAUUGAAAUCUCAUGUUUAGGUGAUCCUAUCGAGAUUCAAGACACACGGAGAGAACCCAUCGCGAGGUGCUUUUGCGAGUCAGACAAUGGGUGAGAAUUUUAUUUUUUGAAGAAAUUAUUUUUCCUGUUUGAAAAUCUAUAAAAAAAAAGAACUGCAGCGACGCCUGGCGAGUGAUGUGCGAAGCGGCGCCGCAGCGACAAUUGGCGCGACUCGACGCCAACGGAGCCCUCAAAUUCGGCGACGACCUGACCCUGCCGCUGAAGAUCCUGCUGAUCGCGACGCUGUCGCGGGCCGUGAUGCGAAGAACUCGCUCCUCCUGUUUUCCUCUCUUUCGCUGA